GUUGGAUUUCAAUUUCAUACAGAUAUUUUUGUUUGCGACAUAAAAAAUCCGGAGUCACCAAUCACAUAACCCACAGAGAGCUUGACCCAAAUCGUUUCUUCUUCAUCAACGACGCCAUUUACGUUUCUCCACAUUCUUUCUUCUUCGUCUCUCACUAAAUUCAAUUACUCUUCAUCACCAACCUUCUGUACUGUCCCCGGAAACGAUGCGAUGAGAUGUUCCUUGUUAACUCCGACUUCUUACCGAUUUCAUUACCCAAACCCGUUUCGAUCUCUUGAAUCGAUUCCUCCCCUUUCAAAUUCACGUUAUCGCAUCGAAUCUGGAUCUCCCUCUUCUUUCAAGUUCAGUGCGCCGAGCUUGCAGAGACAUAGCUCUGUCUCGGUUAAAGCAUUUGAUGAUGAUACAUUUGAUUUCUAUACCGGUGACAUAUUUGCUGCUACUUAUGCUAUUUCGUCGAGUGAAGGCGAAGAGAGCGAUGGGGAUUAUGCUUUGAAUGUGGUUACCGAAACUACUGCACAGAAGCUAGGAAAGUUUCCAAGAGGUCGCAAAAAGCACAGAAUCAGAUAUGGGAUUAAUUUGGGGCUUCUUGCUUUUUUGUCACUGCUGCUUCUACUGAUGGACUCUUUUGCUUGGAAGAUUGUUAGACUACCUUUGCCUCCAUAUUUCUUAAGCAUGCCCUUCUUCACAUCGGCGAUUCUAGUUACCUUAGCUGGUUAUAUUUUUGUUCCGCUUCUAGACAGACUGAGAGUGCAUGAGCCAAUUAGGACAUUAGGGCCAGUUCCACAUAACCGCAGACCAACAAUCCCGACAAUGGGUGGGUUGUUUUUUGUUCCAAUUGGUGUUGUUGUUGCAAUAGCCUUGAAUAAAGUUUCAUCCAUCGAAGUCUUGGGAGCAGCAGCCGCAACUGUAGCAUUUGCAGCCAUUGGGCUAAUUGAUGACUCCUUAAGCCUCUACAGUGAGAAUAAUAAUGGUUUAUCUGCAAAGAUACAACUUCUUUUGGAGGCAGCUGUUGGGACUUGCUUUGCGUUUUGGUUGGAGACUGCAAGCUUAUCAUCUCCUUAUGGCAUGAAAAUGUUGGUCCCCUUGCCUUCACCAUUAGGUCUUGUUUUCUUGGGAAAACUUUACCUACUGUUGACAUCGUUUUACUUUGUUUCCAUGGGAAACUUAGUCAAAGCAACCGAUGGUCUCGAUGGAUUGGCGGGAGGUAUUGCUGCUUUGUGUUUUGUUGCAAUGGCAAUAGCAGUUCUUCCUAUUUGCUCUGAUCUCUCUGUAUUUGGAGCUUCGAUGGCUGGAGCUUGUUUUGGGUUUCUGCUUCACAAUCGAUACAGAGCAUCAGUUUCCAUGGGAGAUACAGGAUCCUUGGCUCUAGGUGGAGCUUUGGCUGCAAUGGCUGCUUGCUCAGGAAUGUUCUUCCCGUUGUUCAUAUCGUCUGGUGUCGCAGUUUUGGAAGCUUCUUCUGUCAUUAUACAGGUCGUGUAUUACUCGACAACUAAGCGUUUAAAAGGAAAAGGGCGUCGGAUAUUCAAGACUAUACCGUUUCAUCAUCACCUUAGGCUAAACGGUUUAAAGGAGCCAAUGAUAGUAACGAUGGCAUAUGUAAUAUCCUCUUUGCUCUCUCUUUCAGCAGCUUACAUAGGUCUUAUUUCUGCAUAAGCCUCUUUUUCUUUUUUGCUUCCCCUCUACCCAAUUUUUGUUUUCUUGAAUUCUUUUAAAUAGAGUAAUGUUUAUUAUAGCGACUACUUUUAUAAAAGAGUAGGCUACACAAAUUUUACGGUUAAAUCACAUCAAUAAGAUUUUAUUAUAGGCUAUAACCAUUUUAUUUUCUCUAAUCUUCAACCUUUUUUACGAUUUUAAUUGGCAAUCUAGAAUAAUAGAAAUGCUAGAGAUUUGCUAUUGUGUUAUUCUACUCUUACCAACUUGAUGCUUUUAAGUUUUAGCACACAUAAAAGAAAAAAAGAAACAGUCUUGAUGUUAUGUUUUCUUUUUACUAUAGUCUAAAGAAACAAAUAUUUUAAAAACUUGAGCUGGAAAUGAUCGAGCAAAUUUUAUUGAUGUGAUUUAACCGUAAUUUGUGUAGUUUUCAACUUUUCAUCAAGGCCUACUCUUUUAUAAAAAUUUCCAAUGGAUCUAGAUCACUUUUCUUGUUUUUCUCUCAACUUUGAUGACAAAGUGAAGUAAAGAGAGAAAAAGUAAAGGAACAAAGUUCAUAUAAAUAGACUGGCUACCAAAAAUUUCAUUAGGUACAAUUAUAUAUAGUUUGUUAGUGUUUUAGUCGAUAGAAUCAGAGACUUUUUUUUACCCAUGCAUUUGUAAUCAUUUCGAUGAUCGUUAAGUCCACCGCGAG